CUUAUAAGAAAUAUACGACUGGCAAAAUAAAAUUUUCUACGUAGAAAAUAACAAACAAUAAAAUAAUAUAAGGCAAUCCACAGAGUAAAAGCUAUGACAAAUGUCUUAAAAGGAUCUAUUAGUGAUAAGAAAACCGACCAGUUGAUGAAAUUUUAUGGUUUGCAAUCAAUCGACGGUGGAUCAGUGGAAAGUCUAAAUUAUCCAGAAUUCGACGUUGACACUGGGGACUUAUACAAACCACAUCAUCGACAACCAUCACCUUCUGCCAUGGCCCCAACAACAACUAUAGAAACAAUCACUAUAACACGACCCUUGAAAGUCAUCGCAUUUAUCUGCGGCCUUAUCGUUAUCAUUCUAAUGAUGAUGGCAUUAACAUCGACUGAUUGGCUGCUAUCAUUAGGAUGGAGGCAAGGGUUGUUUGUUCAUUGCAUUUCAAUAAAUGCGUCAAAGCCAUUGCCAUUUAAUAUCGAGGCGGAUGUCGGUUGUUAUGAGAGUCGUGACAAAUUUUACAUCAAGGCCACUGCAAUUCUUUGCGUCAUUACACUCAUCACUGACGCAAUUUCAACACUUUUGACUGGCACAGGCUUGAAAACUACUGAUGCGAAUCUCAAAUACAAAUUUUAUCGAAUCGCUGUUCUUGUCAUGAUGGUAGCAUUGCUUUCCCUUCUCAUUGCUCUCAUAUUGUAUCCAGUUUGCUUUGCAAUGGAAUUGCCACAAGGAAAUCGUGAUGUGUGGGAGUUUGGAUGGGCAUAUGGUGUUGGAUGGGGAGCAGCAAUCUUCCUUUUCGGUGCCGUUGUUCUUCUUCUUUGUGACAAAGAAUCGGAAGAAAUCUAUUACAAAGAGCGCAAAAUUGUACACGAAACAACAUCGAUUCGUGAUUAGAAAUUUUCGUCCCUGCCUGAUCUGUUGGUUUAAAUCUCAACAUAAACAAUGAAAGUAAAUUCGAUAAGCGAUUUGAAGAUCUUCAAUUCUUGAUUUUAUCUGCGACGAUGUGCUUCUGAGUUCAAAAAAAUUAUAACAAAAGCGUUCAUUGUCUCUUUGACACUCAAACGUGUGACUUCAUCUAUUGUGAAAUAUUCUUUUGUGUGUCAUUGAGAUGUUGAAAGAUGAGAAAACAGUUUUUUUCUUUCGAGACUAAAGUUUAAAUUACGAGUUGAAAAAGUAACGAAAAAAAAUAUAAAAGAAUCAAAAUUAUUGUGCAACAAGUACUGAAAAAGCGAAUGAGCGAAAAUUGUUAUCAUCGCUGACAAGACACAUAAAGAAAAAAAAAUUGAAUCUCGGACUGGUCGAGCCUUUAAAGACAUGAAACAAGUGAUCAUUAAACUCUGAAUUACACGCGAUAUUAUCGAUAGUGGGGGGCAGGGGCAUAAAAAAUGAAAAUUAAAUAACAUUAAACGAAAUGAAAACAAUUUAAUCCUUGCAUGAUGAAUACUUAGAUAAUGAAAUAUCCUAAAAUGAUGAUGAAUAAAGUUGCACGUUGAUAAAUGUGGAGAGAAAUUCUUGUCAAUGUGCUGCUAAAUUUCAUUCAGAUGAAUUAUAUAAAGUCAUUCGAUGACGCCAAUUAAGAAAAUCAAUUUUAACUUAGAAAUAACGAGUCGAUGUAGAAUUGAGAAGGAAAGAAAAAAGAAAUCUCACGCAACAUUUUUUUCAAUGGGUACCAAUUAAAAUGUAAAUAAAUUUAUCGACGAUUUAAUGUGGAGAAUAGAAACAUAAUUAAGUUGGAGUUCCUUUUUUUCUUCCCUUUCAUUUUUCUCUUUCUUCCUUCAUUUCAUAAUAAGGAAACGGAUAUCCUCUAAAACAAAGGGAAUUGAAACUCCUGUUCUCCAUAUUUACUUUUAAAAAAUAAUAUAGAAAAAGAAGGAAGCAUAAGAAACUCAAAUGUCUCAAGAAUCUAUCGAUAAAAUUAAUACUUAUAUGGAAUUAAUUUGCACAAUUAUACGGUCGUGGAUAAGCAAGAAAACAAACAAACAUGCAUACAUUUAUACAACAAACAUAUUUCUACUAUUUAUAGGUACAAGUAAGGAAAUGUUGAUCUACGGAAACUUAAUCACUUUAUUAUUAAGAAUCUUAUAUUAGAAUUCUUUUGAUAUUGAAUUGCAUGUCACGAAUUAAGCAACAACUUGUGAUUUUCGUUUCCUUUCUCUUGUUCCUAGAUACAUGAAUGAAUCUCACCACACAAGAAAAUUUAAUCGUCGAUAUUUUAAAACUUUUACAAAAAGAAAAAUCUUUUCUCAAGACUUUGCAGAUGCCAAAAAAAUAAAAUAAUAUAAAAGAAAGAAAGAAAUAUCUUAAAAGCAUAAAAGAAGUAGAAGAAAACUUUGCAGAGUUUUACUUGUUUUUAUACCACACAUGGCAUGAAUUUUAAGUGUUUUUUAAUCAAGCAAAGGAAAAGAUUGUUGUUUAUGUAUUUAGUAACUCAAUCAAUUUUUCGUCCUUGAAUUAUCUACAACAUAUAUCUAUCUACAUACAUGCAUACAUAUAUACAAAGAAAUGGAAAUUUUUAUAUACCUACCUAAUUAUCCUUUCACUUUCUUCUAACUUUCUCACAUCACAUACCCACAAAAUCUUUAAAAAUAUUCUCCCCCUUACUUUUCUCACCCACCACCACAUUAUUAAGGCAUAAAAUAUAUUAGAAACGUUGCAAUGAAUCAAAAAACUAUCAAUUAUGAUAUUUACAUGGAUGAAUGGAAAAAAGAGAAAAAAAAAUCAAAUCAAUUAAUUAGUUAAGAAUCAAAGAUAACAUAAAAAAUUUAUUUAUAAAAAAAAACAAUUAACUAAUUUAACGGAAAAUGUUCCUUUUCUUUUCCGUGUCACAUGAAAUGUUGAAAUGUUUUUGAAUUGAAAGUUGCUUUGAAGCUAUUUGUAAUAUGUGUGCCGAUGAUAUUUUUUUUAUUUUAUUCAUUCUCAUUUAACUUUAAUGACUACUCGUAGAUGUUUCUUGUAUCGUAGAUUUCAGCAACAGUGUCGUCCUUAGAUAUUCAG